UCAUACCUCCUGUAUUCUUCCAUGACUCCACCUCUGCCAAGUCUUCAGUAGCCUGUCAGGAGUCUCUUCAAACUCCGUCGCCUUUGGACUGGUUCACUGAUUUGGCUUCUAUGGCGGAUCGAGAGAAGAAAUUCUUGAGUGAAGGAACGAUAACCUACGCUUAUAUUCUUCUAUACAUUGCUCUCUCAAGUGGUCAGAUCUUCUUCAACAAGUGGGUUUUGUCAUCAAAGGAAAUAAAUUUCCCCUACCCACUUGGACUGACUCUGCUUCACAUGGUCUUCUCCUCUGUAUUGUGCUUUAUUCUCACCAGAGCUUUCAAGGUUUUGAAGGUUGAGGAAGGCAUGACUCUAGAACUAUAUACUACAUCUGUGAUCCCUAUUGGUGCAACAUUUGCAAUGACUCUUUGGCUGGGGAACACCGCUUACCUGUAUAUUUCUGUUGCAUUUGCACAAAUGUUGAAGGCAAUUAUGCCAGUAGCUGUGUUCAUUCUCGGAGUAGCAGCCGGCCUUGAAAUUAUGAGCUGCAGAAUGCUCUUAAUAAUGUCAGUGAUCAGUUUUGGAGUUCUAGUGGCUUCUUAUGGGGAAAUAGAUAUCAACUGGGUUGGAGUUGUUUACCAAAUGGGUGGUGUUGUUGCAGAAGCUUUAAGGCUUAUCUUCAUGGAGAUUCUGGUCAAACGGAAGGGUCUUAAAUUGAACCCUGUAUCUGUCAUGUACUAUGUUAGUCCCUGCAGUGCUCUUUGUCUUUUCAUUCCAUGGAUCUUUCUAGAGAAGCCGAAGAUGGAUGCUCAAGGGACAUGGAAUUUUCCACCUGUCGUGCUAGCGCUCAACUCACUCUGUACUUUUGCACUCAAUCUCUCAGUUUUCCUUGUGAUCUCCCAUACCAGUGCUCUAACCAUUCGUGUUGCUGGAGUUGUAAAGGAUUGGGUUGUUGUCUUACUGUCAGCAGUUCUGUUUGCGGACACAAAACUGACAAUUAUAAAUCUGUUUGGUUAUGGAGUUGCCAUUGCAGGUGUGGCGGCAUACAAUAACAGCAAGUUGAAAAAGGAAGCUUCACGAAACACAUCUGGUGAGCCUCAACAUUUGGAAUCUAUACGAAUGGUUUCACCAUCAGCUCCUAACAAGUGAUGGAGAGAGUGGUAUGGCUAGCUACUCUUAGCUGCUCCUUCAUUCAGAAUUUUUUUGGGGGGAUAGUUUCAGGCCAAAGCAACUGGGGAAGAGGAGAAAGUGGUGUACUUUUUUGAGAAAUUCAUACAUUUGUUCCACCUUGGAAGAGGCUGGAAGCUUGCAGAAGAUUCGGUGUUGAGAUACCUUUUUACUCAUGGAGGUUUUACCUUUUUGUAAAGUAUUAUCAGAACAUGACAAAUAAUGAUGAAUAACAAUCUUGAAAAUUGUCAUUAGUCCAAGUAUUUUCAGGAAAUUUUAGAAACUGGGUUCCUUGUUGAUCUUGCUGAUUUUCCCUUCUGGCAGUUCAAAUCCUCUAUGUGUUUCUGUUGUACAACUUUGCCUUUUAGCCAUAACCGAAAAGGGUUUAAAGUAUGAAUCUUUCAGUUA